GGCUGUUCUGGCCUGGUGCUCAGCAUCCUACGUCCUCACCCAGCCUAGGGGAGGUGCUGGCCCUCGGGCUACAGGCCUUCUCGGAGCUCAUGGAACAUGGAGUGGUGUCCUGGGAGACGCUGAGCAUCCCCUUGGUCAGGAAGGUGGUGUGCUACGUGAACACGAACCUGAUGCAUGCCUCCGUGCAGCCGCUGGCCCUUGGGUUGCUGGAGAGCGUUACCUUAAGCAGCCCAGUGCUGGGCCAACUGGUCAAAAGUGAGGUGCCCCUGGACCGGCUGCUGGUUCACCUUCAGGUGAUGAGCCAGCAGCUGCAAACCAAGGCCUUGGCACUGUUGACAGCCCUACUGCAGGGGGCCAGCCUGGCCGAUCGCAAGCACAUGCUCGACUACCUGUGGCAGAGGAACCUUCGCCAGUUCAUCUACAAGAACAUCAUCCACAGUGCAGCGCCCCUGGGCGACGAGAUGGCGCAUCAUCUGUACGUCCUGCAGGCCCUCACGCUGGGGCUGCUGGAGCCACGAAUGCGGACGCCACUAGACCCCUACAGCCAGGAGCAGCGGGAGCAGCUGCAGGCCUUGCGCCAGGCGGCCUUUGAGCCAGAAGGGGAGUCCUCGGGCACGGGGCUGAGCGCAGACCGCCGCCGGUCCCUAUGUGCCCGUGAGUUCCGAAAGCUGGGCUUCUCGAACAGCAAUCCUGCCCAGGACCUAGAGCGCGUGCCCCCCGGUCUGCUGGCCUUGGACAACAUGCUCUAUUUUUCCAGGCACGCGCCCAGCGCCUACAGCCGGUUUGUGUUGGAGAACAGCAGCCGGGAGGACAAGCACGAAUGCCCCUUCGCCCGCAGCAGCAUCCAGCUGACCGUCCUGCUGUGUGAGCUGCUGCACGUCGGCGAGGCCUGCUCCGAGACGGCCCAGGACUUCUCACCCAUGUUCUUCGGCCAAGACCAGAGCUUCCACGAGAUCUUCUGCGUGGCCAUCCAGCUGCUGAAUAAGACCUGGAAGGAGAUGCGGGCCACCCACGAAGACUUCGAUAAGGUCAUGCAGGUGGUUCGGGAGCAGCUGGCCCGCACGCUGGCCCUGAAACCCACCUCUCUGGAGUUCUUCCGGUCCAAGGUGAACGCGCUCACCUAUGGGGAGGUGCUGCGACUGCGGCAGACAGAGCGCUUGCACCAGGAGGGCACCCUGGCCCCUCCUAUACUAGAGCUGCGGGAGAAGCUGAAGCCAGAGCUCCUGGGCCUGAUCCGCCAGCAGCGCUUGCUUCGCCUCUGCGAGGGGACGCUCUUCCGCAAGAUCAGCAGCCGCAGGCGCCAAGACAAACUGUGGUUCUGCUGCUUGUCCCCCAACCACAAGGUGCUGCAGUACGGGGAUGUGGAGGAGGGCUCCAGCCUGCCGCCCCCCGAGAGCCUGCCUGAGCAGCUCCCCGUGGCCGACAUCCGGGCGCUGGUGACCGGCAGGGACUGCCCCCACAUCCGGGAGAAGGGCUCCGGGAAGCAGAACAAGGACCUCUGCGAGUUGGCCUUCUCAGUCAGCUAUGACCUCGGGGAGCGGGAAGCGUUCCUCAACUUCAUAGCCCCCUCCAAGCGGGAGUUCCACCUGUGGACAGAUGGGCUGUGUGCCCUACUGGGUAUCGCCAUGGGCAGUGAGCAGACGCGGCUGGACCUGGAGCUGCUGCUGGCCAUGGAGACCAAGCUGCGGCUGCUGGAGCUGGAGAACGUGCCCAUCCCCGAGCAGCCACCCCCCGUGCCCCCACCCCCCACCAACUUCAACUUCUGCUACGACUGUAGCAUCGCUGAGCCUUGACAGUCCCUCAGAGCACGGCGGUGGGCAGGCACUGACACCCCCCCACCACAGAGGCUGUAGAAGAAAUAAAGUCAGCUUUCCCUUUCCCUCUU